AUGGACCUCGAGGACAUCACCUACGAGUACUCCCGCGAGGAAACGAUUGCCGCCGUGUCCGAUUACUACACCUUCCUCACCCAGAUGUACAUUGAAGAUUCCCACGUCGUCUACCCACCGCCCGGGGGCUGGCCCGAAAUCGUCAACGCCGACCCCGCCGUGCUCCAGUCCUUCGGCAAGUCGGACGAGGUUCUGGCACUGCUGGCUCACCUGCCAUACAUCCGAUGCUCCUGGGAAAAUCCCGCCGAGGUUGCCCCCGGCUGUACCGUCGCCGAUUGGCCCGACCUCAUCACAAGUCUCUCGAAACCCCUGCGUCCCGGUGAAUCCGUCACCCAAGCCAGGUCAGUACGUCUCGCCACCGAGGGUACAUUUUGCGAUAUAUCGCCCUCCCAUGUCGUCGGUUUGACCACUAGCCUCGACCAAGCGAUGGUGCUCGAUACAAAGCACGGCAUCAUCCAUUGGGAAGACUGUCCCGGCAGGAUCGACUUCGGAGGGCAUUGUAAGACCAACGUCGAUUGGUCGGAGUUGGACGACGGGGUAUCGCAAGAAGAGGCAGACUGGCGCUACGGCGCAACUGCUUGGACCAUCCCUGACUUUUUUGAGGUCCUCAAGGAUCAGUUCAUACGACUAAACUGGCUUCCCAUCAGCCACUUCACUGUGCGGGAGGCCCAGGGUGAAUACCACGGCGAAGAAGGCAUGAUGGCCAUGCUGAAGGACACCUAUCGGCAACAUGGCUGGCCCGACUUGACCGUUUACAGCAAGUCCGACUGUGUGAAGGCUGUGAAGAAAGCCAUGGCCGAAGGGUACCCCGAAUCUGUUUGCUACCGAAGGGACAUUUGA